AUGAAUAUCACAAAGACAUUUAUAACAUAAUUAGAAUAGUAUAUAAAUAGAGUUUAAAGCCAUUAUGAAAGUAUUGUUAAACUAAUAUCUGAUGCUGCUUUAUUAAUUGGUGAAUAGAAUAUUUAAUUGUAAUAAACAGUAAUGAUCAAAGAAUUUUGGUAUAUAUUUGCACAAUUAGAUGAAUGGAUUAACUAAGGAAAAAUAAUUUCUUAAAAAUUGAUUGAAGUUAAUAUAAUACAAUAUUAACAAUAAUAAAUAAUUGAAUUGUCUAUUUAAGAAGAAAAGAAUUUAAAAGAAAAUGUUAAUUUAUUAAAUGAAUUUAUUGAAAAUUUAGAAUUUUUAUCUGGAGCUUAGUUACUUGAUAUUAAUUAUGUAAAUCCACCAGAAAAUUAAGUUGCUUUUAAUAAAGAAUAUGGAAUACAAAAAUUAGAUUUUGAAAACAAAUGCAGAAAUAUCAUUGGUUAUUAAAGAGUAAGAGGAGAUGGAAAUUGCUUUUAUACAUCUUUUUUCUAUUAAUACCUAAAGAUAUUAUUAUAAAAUUCAAGAUAAAAUAAUAGAAUACAUGAAUUUAUUAAUAAGGUUAAUAAAUUAAAUUUAAUAUUAUUUUUUAAUGGUUAGUCCUUAAUAAAAACAUAAAAUGAAAUUGAAAUAAAAUAAUAUUUUAAUUAAGUUAUUUAAGAGCUACUCCAAAACAAUUCUAAAUUAUUAGAAUAUUUUUCAAAAAGUAACAAAAUAUUUUAUGUAUGUUCAAUAACAAUUUUUAGAAAUAUUGUUAGAUCAAUAUAUGAAGAAUAAAAAAAUAAGAUAUCAAAUUUUCUUGAUGGAGAUUUAUAUGAAGAGAUUGUCACUUGGUCAAAAGAAUGUAAUACUAAUCAAGCCAUAAUUUAACUUCUAAGUUAAGAAUUAAAUUUGUAAUUUUUUGUUAUAAUAAAUAUUUAGUUAAGUUAAUUUAUAUUUUUUCAGAAGAGAUGGUAUUGAUCUUGAAAUUUAUAAUUAAAAUUAGGAUUUAUAUUAAAUUAAUUUACUAUUUAGACCAGGACAUUAUUAAAUUGCUAUAUGCUAAAAUCCAUAUGUCAAUUGUCAUCAGAUAUCAUAUUAAUAAAAUAAUUGA